AUGGCGAAGCAGCUUUCAAGUCGUGUUCAGGGCUUAAAGUUUAUGCAGCGCGGUGCGGCGCGCACAUCCAGUCCGCCGUCUGCCGCUGCUUGCGAGGAGGAUCGGUCUGUGUGCCAAGAGACAGCCGAUCCUGCACAGGAGCAAUGGGUGCUGCCCACGCAAUUCCGCGCUUGCACAAACACGACUGCUUUGCCGAAGAAUGACUGGAAUGCGUGGCUUUUUGAUGCAUACGAAGAAAAGCCCAAGGCGCUGAAUCGGCGGCGCACCUUUGGCAACGUUGCAUCCGCAGACUCGGUGCGCAAAAGCGCAGACGUAUCGGACAGCGAGGCGGGUACUUCAAACAACGAAGCUAGUGCAUCGGAUAGUGACGAUGAUGCGCCUCCCACAUUUCGGAAACCGCCUAGCGCGCAAGGCGCAAAACGGCGUGUACAGUCCAGCGAAACGAGCCAGCGCAAGCGCGUUGCACAACCACAUAGGACAAACAGGCGGAAAGGGUAA